UCUUAAUUAAAAGAUGGAAAUGUUAUUCAAAAUAACAGUAAAUGAUCAAAAUCUUCUUUCUCACUUAAAAUAACGCAAUAUAAUUGUGAAGCAUAACAACAGGACUGCAAAGAUGGAUGUUAACUGAUCACAUUUAUUUCUUUACCUGAGCUGAUUAUGGACCCCCUCACUGAUUUUCAUGUUUUAUGUUCUUACCACAGCAACCCACCUCUAAGUGAAGAAAUGCUUCCCCCAGGGGAAUGGAUGUGUCACCGCUGUAAUGUUCGAAAAAAGAAGCGAGAGCAGAAGUCAGAGCAGACCAAUGGCCUCCCGGAGAGGUCCUCAUCGAAGCGCUCUGUGUCCCCAGCUGUGGAGCUGGAGCUCAACGCCGGCCCACUGCGACUUGACGGUCUGCCUCCGGGGGCCGGAGCGGCAGGGCCCGGUCUACGAGUGGCCCAGGUACGCCUCUUGGACCGCAGGACCAGCAGCAGGCCAAGCAGCCGGCCCGGGACACCCACCUCUAACACUUCGUCCACCCCGACCCCCUCAGAGGAGCAGAAUGAUGGGGAGGAGGAAGCAGUUGAGCCUGAGGAUGAAGCUCAGGGCUCAGAGCUCGAGGGCGCCACGCUAUCUGCUCCGGCUCCACGUCUUCUAAAGAGGCCCUUUCAGCUGCUGAUAGCAGCUGCCAUGGAGAGAAACCCCACGCAGUUCCAGCUGCCCAGUGAGCUCACAUGCACCACUGCACUACCAGGCAGCAGUAAACGGAGGAGAAAAGAGGAGCUACUGGGGAAGCCGUUCAGAAGGCCGCAGCAUGAGCUGGAUCCUAAUGGUCUGGUCCCUCUACCGGUCAAAGUCUGCUUCUCAUGCAACAGGAGUUGCAGGUUGGCUCCGCUGAUCCAGUGUGACUAUUGUCCCCUUCUGUUCCACAUGGACUGCCUGGACCCUCCACUCACAGCUUUACCUGCUGGAAAAUGGAUGUGUCCAAACCAUGUCGAGCACUUACUGCUGAAUCAGAGGAGCCUCAGCCUGUCCAGCCGCUGCCAGCUCUUUGACCAUUUCCAGGACAGGAUGUCCCAGCACGCCGUCAAGUUGGAUUUCUUACGAAGAGUCCAUCGACAGAACGCACCAAACCGGCGCACAACCCACCAGCACAACAAGAAGACCAUUAAGGUGCCAGAUGCCAUCAAGUCGCAGUACCAGAAUCCUCCCCCCAUGCUGCUUCCUACAGGGGUGCGCCAGCUGGAGCUGGUUUGUAGCGGCGUUCCCGGCCAUCCGCCCUCAAAGCACCUCACCACCGAGGCUGAGCAGCAGGAGGUAGGCACACAGCAACACCACAACAGUUGA